UUUGUUGCGGCCAUUAUUGCAGCGGGACAAGCGCAAACUCCAUGCCCCGAAGAGAAUCCCUGGAAAACGGUAUCCAUGCAGACGCGAAGUAUAUAAAGACAUGAAUGAAACUGGUGUCAUGCUCACAAAGAAAGUUACCAUUGCUGGCAAAAACGAAUCGUAUGACGACUUUUGGAAUUUUGACACAGACGGUUCAAUAUUUACUGUCAGCCGAAGUCUUGAAGUGACAGAAAGGUUGGAAUAUGAAAACACUACCGCGAACUGUUCCGUUGUUCGGGUGGAGGAGUGGUAUUUUAGCAGUGAGGAAAAAAAGGCGAGAUACGAUAAACUCUGCACGGAGGGGAACGUUCCGUGGUGCAACUGUUCCACGAGAGCUGAUGAGAAACAGCCUUACCUCUGCAUUGAUACGCCGAAUUACGAGCUGCGUGUCGAUGAGACUCACCGGGAAAAUGUGUCGGAAGAUUGUAAAACAAUAUAUGACAAAAAAAGAAAACAGUACAAAGCACAGGACUACGAGGUCUACACGAACCAAUGUAAAAAUUAUCGUGACGAUUCGAUAGUCACAAAAUUGUUAUCUCUUUAAUACCACAGAUAUCAGGUUUUAUUCUUUAGCAUUAUUGAGCGGCUGUAGAUCUGCCGUCAUAUUUUUUUCUAGCAAAUGGAUCUUAUAGCUACCAUGAUAAAGAGAUGUAAUAAAGAAGUUUUGCAGUUGUCAA